UUCUUUGCCGUGGCACUCACUCAAAGAUGAGUCUUCCCAGCAGGUCUCCAAGGAUGUGCUCCCGCCAGGACAAAGACCAGUGCCACCAGCAGGAACGAUCCUCCUGCCACAGCAGCGAAGGGUGUCACAGGAGCAGCGGAUCCGGAUGCCACGGGAGCAGUGGUGGAUCUGGAUGCCACAGGAGCAGUGGAUCCGGAUGCCAUGGGAGCAGUGGUGGAUCUGGAUGCCACAGGAGCAGUGGAUCUGGAUGCCAUGGCAGCAGUGGUGGAUCUGGAUGCCAUGGGAGCAGUGGUGGAUCCGGGUGCCACAGGAGUAGUGGAUCCGGAUGCCAAGGGAGCAGUGGAUCUGGAUGCCACAGGAGCAGUGGUGGAUCCUGCCAUGGGAGCAGUGGAUCCGGAUGCCAUGGCAGCAGUGGUGGAUCUGGAUGCCACAGGAGCAGUGGUGGAUCCUGCCAUGGGAGCAGUGGAUCUGGAUGCCAUGGCAGCAGUGGAUCUGGAUGCCAUGGCAGCAGUGGAUCUGGAUGCCAUGGCAGCAGUGGUGGAUCCUGCCAUGGAAACACCCAGGAGUGCCAGCAGCAAAUCUACCAAGUGUCCUCGAAGAUGAAGUGAUCAGACCCUCAUCUGCAGGUGAUCCAGGCAUGUGCUCGACCCUGUGCCCAGUUCAGAAAGCUUUGCAUGUCCCCAGCAAUUCCCAAAGAAAAUGUCUCCUCCCCCUCCCCUGGUGAGUCCUGUGACCUCUCCUGGGCUUUGUCUCUGGGUGCUGAAAUAAACUCUCUGUU